UAUGUCACGAUUACUUGAAACAACCGUAAAGAGCAGAAUGACUGACAUCCCGAUGACGUCAGCGCUCGCAAAUGGGCGGAGUCUUGAGAGCCGCAGGUGGGACGUCAAACUGGACGCUGCUUUCACCCGUAGUUUAGCCGUCGAUUUUUUUUUCUCAUCCUCCGCGAGUGCGUGAGAGGCGCUUCUGGAAGACAUGGGGAAGGUUCAGGAAUUCGAGAUUACUUUCACUAACAACAAAGUGGUCUACAACCCCGGUGAAUCCAUAUCAGGAACUGUGAGAAUUAAAUCAAGCCACUCCUUGCAGUUUAAAGCCAUUAAAGUCUGCUGUGUGGGAUCGUGUGGCAUCUCGUCCAAGCUGAACGAUGCAUCAUGGAUGCUUGAGGAAAAGUACUUGAGCAGCACACUGUCUGUGGCAGAUAAAGGUACUCUGCCACCUGGUGAGCACAGCUUUCCGUUUCAGUUUCUCAUUCCAGCAUCAGUUCCAACCUCGUUCGAAGGCCCGUUUGGGAAGAUUUUGUACAAAAUUCGAGCUUUUAUUGACACGCCGCGGUUCUCAAAGGACUACAAGGCCCAGCGACCCUUCUACCUUCUCAAUGUGCUCAACCUCAACGAGUUGCCAGAUAUAGAGCAACCCAGCUGUGCAGUGACAACGAAAAAGUUUAACUACCUCCUGGUAAAAACAGGCACGCUUAUGCUGAAGGCUUACACUGAUCUAAGAGGAUACACUCCUGGACAGGUCAUCAAACUCUCCGCUGAAAUACAUAACAAGUCUGGUAAAGACACCGGCUAUGUGAUGGCCAGCCUGAUUCAGAGAGUUUCGUAUAAGACUAAGCGUCCAGUUUUUGAUCUGCGGCCCAUAGCAGAGGUGGAGGGAGCAGGAGUGAAGGCAGGCAAACAUGCGGAGUGGAGAGAGCAGAUCAUCGUCCCUCCUCUUCCUCAGUCAGGACUCACCGGCUGCAAUCUCAUAGAUAUUGAGUACUUUAUCCAGGUUUCACUAAAAUCUCCUGAGGCUGCGGUCACGUUACCCAUCUACAUUGGGAACAUUGCUGUAAACUUGACUCCUUCAAUUCCUCACCCUAUGGCUCAUGGUGUCCCGAUGCCCACCGGGCCGAGUCUCAAUCCAGCAGCUGUAGUCCCGAGUGCACCUCCUGUAGAGGAGGAGCUGGCAGGACAGCUGGCGGCUGGAGGAGGCGACAGUGAGGAGAUCCCCACCAAGAGCCAUUCUCAGCAGGACCCGUCCGGCGCUCCUCUCUCUGUGGCUCCUUACGGUCAUGCGUCAGGUCCAGUACUGCCACAGAGCCAGCAACAUGUCCAGUCUACAGACGGCUCCGCACCGCUCUUUUGUUUGUCCACAGGAGCCACUAUACCUUUCUUCACUGAUGGGAACGCAACGCCGGUGCCCACGUCCUGUCCACUCAUCCUGCCCCCCGAAUAUAGCACCUGGGAAUACCCACAUGAGCCUCCUCCUACUUACGAGGAAAGCUGCAGUAGCAACAACUCGAGCUUCAACAGUAGCAUGAGGUAGACGUCGACAAUUCAGACGUCCUGCUUCUUCAUUAUGCCAUUCAUAUGCUGCCCCCUGCUGGAUGGUACAGGCAUUGCUGCCACCCUCUCCAUCAACCAAAUAUCCUGAAAACUCUAGGAUAAUUUCCUUACAAUUUGUAGUUAAUCCCCUCAUAUCAUAAUUUCAGCAGAAAACAAGCGGGGAGAAGGUUUCAGUGCCUAAGAAGACGUAGCACUCAACAAAACCCCACUCAGAGAUUUUGCGAAAUAAAUACCAGCAUCUGAAGCAUUUUGAAGUGAAAGUUACACUUUUUCAUUCAACCAAGCCUGGCCUUAUGUGAAGUUCAUCAGAGAAUGUGCUUAGUAAAAUAAUUCUGCCUGACCGGGGGAAUAAAUCAAACGGAUAUGAUUCUGGCAUGAUUUACGCAAGCAGCGGUGGCUCUGAACCAAAACACUGGGCCGCAGAAAACGUUACUCUGCAAAGAACAAGUUUAUUUAUUAAAGGUGAUUGAUGGGACUUUUUUACUCAUCACCAAACAGACACUGUGUGGAUACAGCUUGGAAAUACCAAUGUAGACGCCAUCAUGGGCACAUAAGUCGUUAUCGCUUGGCCGAAUGGUAGCCGAGGUCCCUUGAAGAAUGCUUAAGGGAACAGUAUAUUCCAUCGUUUCUGAAUGAAAACUACUUUUCCUGCCUGUCGAGGGAUUUUCAAAGCAAACAUCAGACUGCUGACUCAUUUCUGUUAUCAUAUUUUACACCAAACAAAAACAAUAUACUCAUCUUUUUUCUUUUUUAGAUCUCACAGUUCCACCCUGGAGUUAUUAUACAGACAAUAGUCCUGUUUUUCAGAGUUUGCAUCAUGUCAAUGCUGGUAAAAUGGAAAGAUAUCAGUAAUGUGCAUCAUCUGAAAUCUAAUUUUAUUUGAAAUCAAUAAUGAAUUGACUUCUAGUUGAUCAUUUGGAAAAGUGACAGACGGUAGAUUUUACAGAUGAAUCACCUAUUAAACUGCAGCUCAAUCAUCACAAAUACUGCAGAGGACCUACUGGAACACAUGGACCCAAGAUUUUCACAGAAAUCAGUCAAGUUUGGUGAAGGAAGAAUCAUAGUUAAAAACAAAGAAGGUCAAGGUGCUCCAGGAUUGGCCAACCCAAUCACUAGACAUGAAUAUUAUUGAGCAUGUCUUGGGUAAAAUGAAGGAGGAGGCAUUGAAGAUGAAUCCAAAGAAUCCAAACUUUUUUUCUCAGCAAAGUCAGACCUUACUGUCCUAAUUAAAUAAUUAAAAAUCAAGGCAUGAUCAUAUUUAAAUUAAAUAAGCAUAAUCUAGAGGCCUUUCAUAUAAGCCACUUCUGAUACUAAAUGAUCAACUAGAAGUCAAGUCAUUAUUUGUUGUUCCUAAAACUUAGAUAGGCGACAAGACUUUUGUCAGGUAAUGUACAUGUCUUUUGUAUGUGACUUUUGGUCGUAUUCAUCAAUAUUUCUCACAUUAUCCCACAACAAAUGGAGAUUUAUGAUGGAUUUCCGGUGAGGCCUUAGGCUGUCGUGUACAGUCCUUUAAUAUGGCAAACACAUUUGUUUUUUUCAUGUUGAUCAGUUCAGACUCUUGAACUGUUGGAGAAUUUGAAAAAUUGAAGCACAAAAAGGCACUUUUAUGUGUUUGUAUAUGUUUAUGUGUGUGUGUGUGUGAAUGUUUUCUCCACUUCCUCUUCAAAAUAUGAAUAAUCAUUUUUCUAUUUUAGAUCAGUAUUGUUAUUGUUUUAUUUAGUUCUUGAUUUAGCAUGGAAAGAAAGUCUGAUUCGGAACACAACAGACACAUAAAUCAUGUUCUGUGUUAUUUUAAAUGACCAAAAUAAAAUAAAGUUUUCGGUACUCAUUUCUGGAUUUUGUUUGAGAUUCAUGCGCUAUGUUUCAUUUGCAGUGAUGACAGAAAGUAAUAAUCAGGUCAUUCUGCUAAAAAAAGGUGCCAUUUGUGUACUUCAAAUGAACCAAUAGAUUAAUAGAAGAAAAAUAAUAAUACUUGAACAUUGAUUUUUAAAUGAUCUGUUUUCUGGCCUACUUAAAAUUUGACAUUUUGAUUGGACAUAGAUUUUUUUAAGUUUUAGGUAAUGUUUUAUUUUUAUUUAAUUAUAUUCUAACUAUUUUAAAGAUUCAAAACACUUUAAUUAGUUAGUAUAAUUGUGAAUUUUGUUGAGAAAAUCUGAACAUUGAUUGUUUGUUGAAUAUUCACUGUGAAAAUACUAUUUGAAAACAUUAAAACAGAUUAGUGCAGUUCAUUACUUAAAAACUGUAUUAUAGUAGGUUUUUGAAAAAUGGUGUACUUAAAAAAAAAAAAUCACUUUUUUAGACUUCAAAAGGCACAUAUUUUAGAGAAUGGCCCAUUCAAAUUCAUAUCAAGGGGCUUUAUGCUGAUUGCAUCCCCGCAGGCCACUGUGACUUUUAACAGCAGCUAAACGUAAAUUCAGAUUCUGUUUCUUCACUGUAAGUGCUGAAAUCUAAGUGAAUGCAUACAUUGUAAAAAAAGAUCUGAAAAAGAGCGUUAAAAUUGCAUGUCAGUGAUUUGAAGUUCUGUAAAUGUUCAACCACAUUUUGCCUUAAAUGUAAAUCUGAAGCAUCGCUGGUCCCAUUAUACAGUAAUUUAAAAAAAGAAUGUUGCAUCAGAUGUAUUGCUCAUUUGUCUCUCGAGCCUCUUUAGCUUUCUGUUGGCAUCAGAAAUCAGAAAGUGUCGUAGGAGAAAGUAUAGAUGAUAAUUUGUAGCAGUGCAAGUGAAAGAAAUAAUUCCUACGUCCUCCAUUUUUGUAAAUGCUGAAGUUGCGGUAUGGAUGUACACUUCUUCAUGGCUUAUGUACAUGUAUUAUGUUCUUUUUUUUUUUUUUUUUUUUUUUUUACUUUUAACCAAAGUUUCAGCAGCUUUAUCAAGUUUCAUUUCAUUACGUGGUACUUUUCUUUCCCUGGAUUUUCCAGCAGGAUUCGAAAUAAAGUAGCACGAUUGUGGAUCGAUGUUUUAUGUGAAGUUGUUAAACAGAAUCAAACUUGUACAGCAAAAGUAAUAAAAUCACUUUAAUUCUCAUUUUUA